AUGGGUCAGACAUGUUGCACAGACGAGCCGCGCGACGACGCAGGGACGGUGCAGCUAACCAUGGAUGAUGAGAAGCAGCCCGUCUCCAUGCCUGCAUCGAAUAACCUGAUGAAUGGCAUCCGUGGCCAUUGGACACGAAAGGAAGACAAGAUGUCUCUGGGGACGAUCUCCUCAAACAGCAUGGUGUGGGAGGCGCGCUACAAGCAUAAGCCGAGCGCCAUGUGGGAGGUCGGGCCGAACAAAGUCAAGAUGACCUUGGCGAAUGAAGAUCACACUGGAACUGUCUCGUCGAGCGACAACCCUCUUACGAUUACUUGGGAGGACGGAGAGGUGUGGGUGAGAACAUUACCAUGA